AUGACCAUGUUUUUGGGGCUUCAAGUCAAACAAGAAUCAACCGGGAUCCUGCUACAUCAUGAAAAGUAUGUUGAAUAUAUGCUAGAGAAGUUCGGGUUUCGAGACGCAAAUCCUACACCGAUGCCAAUGGCUGAGAGAACACUGCUGACUCCAGAUAUUGAAGGCGAAUCCGUAGAUCAGAACGACUACAUAUCAAUGAUCAGAUCGUUGAUGUAUUUAACCGCAAACAUGCCAAACAUCAUGUUUGCGGUUUGUCAAUGCACACGAUAUCAGGCUACUCCAAAACCUUCUCAUCUUAUUGUUGUCAAAAGAAUCUUUCGGUACCUCAAAGGCAGCCUAAAAUUGGGCUGUGAGCUUGACAUGAAAUCAACUUCUGGAGGAUGUCAAUUUCUCGGUAAUAGACAUGUAUCAUGGCAGUACAAGAAACAACAUACCGUCUCAACCUCAACAGCAGAGGCGGAAUACGUAGCUGCUUCAGCUUGUUGUUCUCAAGUUAUUUGGAUACAACAUCAGCUCCUGGAUUACAAUUUGAAUUUUCUAGAAACCACUAUCUUUUUUGACAAUGAGGUUGCUAUUCAAAUUGCUAAAAAUCCUGUCACAUUGACAUCAAAGUGCAUUUUAUAA